UAUUAUAUAAGCAUAUUCAAAAUGCUUAAGUAAGUGAAAUAAAUGAACGAAGAUAUUGGACUCCCAAAGGCUACUAUUCUUAACCUGAUCAAGGAUUACUUGCCUGAAGACACCAGAAUCUCUACUGAAGCUAAUGAGGUCAUAUUAGGAAUGACCAAAGAGUUCGUCAACCACCUCUCGUCCAUCUCUAAUGAUAUUUGACUUGAUGGCGGCAAGAAAACUAUCUCGCAAGCCCAUGUCGCUGAAGCUAUGAAGAACUUGAAGCUAGACUCUUAUCUCGCCAAAAUUAUGAACAUUGAAGACUCCAAGGAAUUGGAAGGAAUGACUGAGAAAAAGAAGAAAAUGAUGCUGAAUACUUCCCUUAACGUAUCCAGAAAGAAGAAGCAUAGACUCACUGCUGAGCAAGAGGAAGAACUUAGGAGAAAGCAAGCGUCUUUGUUUAGAAAUGACCAGACAAGUUCUAUGAAUACUGGUGGAGGUAUGUCUGCAGAACCUAAAGGUCAGACGCUAACUCCAACCUUCCCUUCUGCAGGAAUUCCUUCUCCUCAGCCACAGAUAAUUCAGCCAAAUAACCCUCAGUUUUAUGAUGGUUCGAUCACUCAGGUCCUUCAAAACCCUCUCCCCAGUGCUGGGAUUCCGAUGCCAAGCAACUCUUUUCCACUGCUAGGACUGCCUCCACAGUCAUCUCAUGGGCAAGGAGGAUCCUUGGCCUCCGCUCCAGUGGCGGCAACGGCCCCUGUUACUUCAGCAGAAGCUGAGGUGGCUCCUGCUCAGCCAAAGGUGGCGGUGGUUGCUCCUCAAGAAAGCCAAGUAGCUCCAGCAGAACCAGAGACAGCUCCUCUCCAAGAUCAGCCUUCAAAUCCAGAAGAAAGCCAACAAUAAUGAUCUAAGACAAUUUUGAGAAUUACCCUCAUAAUCAUUAGAACUCAAUCUU